UCCCCCCAACCUGGAAAUCCUGACCGAAGAGACACAGAGUGAGCCCAGCCCAGCCCAGCCCAGCACGCACCACCGAGAGAGGAGACGACCCCCCCGACGCGACCAUGGCCACGGCCACAGCAGCAACAACAGCACCGGCUGUACCAGCACCGGUACCAGCACCAGGAAGUGGUUUCGACGCUGCGGGCCAUGCCCCGACUCUGAAUCCCACAUUGUCUUCUUCUUCCGCUUCGGUAUCCGCAUCCGCGUCCACAACAGACGACGCGUCUCCUUCAUCCUCCUUUUCCUUCUCCUCCUCUUCGCAGAGCGCUGUCGCAUUCCAUACUCCCUCAGAGUCUGCGACAUCUUCGGCAAACUCGCCCUCUUCACCCUACCACGCCCAUCGCCUGAGCCACAACUCGUCCAAACUUCCCGCCUUUCGGUUCGCCGACUUACACAAGCAGCACCAGCACCACCCACGUCUAGUGCUCCCCUCAUUGCUGCACCACAUCCCGCCGCCUCCCUCGCCUGUCUCGCCUAAAUCUCAAGCGCCUACCAGCCAAAACCGCCCUACUGACACCGUCGCCGACACUGACACUGACACUGAUACGGCCAUUGGCAUUGGCAUUGGCAUUACCACCGCCACUGACUCCGCUUUUCCCACCACCCUGCCAACAACAACGUCAGACUUGCACGACCAUCAGCGACCGCAACACAAAUUCGCCGACCAAUCCGACAAAAACAUUUACUCUCCACAAGAUACUCGGCCGACUUCACUUGGACUGAGCCACGGCCGCCACCCUUCCCACCGCCAACUCUCUCAGCUCUCGUCCCGGAUCUCGAGCCCCAUCCACGAGUUGCCCGAGUCGCCUCCUAAGCUCAGUCCGCGAUCCAGAGCGUCGACCUACCAGCCCAUCCCUACAGCCACAUCCGUCUCACCGAGGCGGCCCGCCUCUUAUCCCGAUUCCCCCGUCAUCGUGCAGUCCUUACCACCCCGCCGCGACGUCGCAGAUCCCAAGUCGACCGCCCUUCCCGCCAGGCUACAAAGUCGACGAGCCGCUACAUCUCGAUCUCGCGAGUCAAAUGCGACCGACCCUGAGUUACCACCACCGCCUGUAGCAGAGACUGACGCCGCGCAUCCCUCCGACACAACCGACGACGCGCUUCCGUCCCCGGCCGACAGGACCACGAAGGACUGGGCCCAGGGCCAGCGUGAGCUGUUGUUACCCAAAACCUUACAGAAUUCGAGUCCGACAGAUGAGAGACGAAGAUCAGUAGCGUCGCGACCCCCCGUUUCUUUCAAAGCUACUGCCGCCGCCGCCGCCGCCGCCACCACUCCGACCGCCUCGGUGCGCGUGGCCCCUAUCCGUUCUUUUCGAUCAUCCGGGUCUCGUCGAAGUCUGGGACUCGACAGCAGCACCUCUACCAUGCGCUCCUUCGAUUUUGGUGAUGACCUCGUCGACUCCAAUCAACGCGACCGCACACUGCGCGCACUCGAGGGCAGACGCGAUGAUGAUUACUCGCAAAUGACACAACCGCUGUCGACCGACGCCGACGACACCACCGGUGACGUCUUUAUGAAGAUCGCGAGACAGGAGCCAACACGUCGUGGCUCUGGAGAUGUUGCGCCAGCGGAGCAACCGAGUGCCAUAACCCGCAUCGCAAGAUCUUCCCAUCGCCGACCCCUGUCCGCCGCUGUCCCCUUGUCUUAUCAUCAUCCCGUCUCCCCGCCCCAGAUUAGUCGUCGACUCUCCGACCAGCAGGAGACGUCGAAAAAACGCGUGCGUCAAUCCGAGGACGACAGUGCCACUGACCCAAUGGCACGCGCGUUGGCGUAUCGAUCACCCCUGACCCGAGACCGCCCCUCGUCUGUUCAUCCCGCCGAGGAUCUUGGACGCGCAAAAACCUUCCAGCCCACCAACCACUCUGCCAGCCGCUCGAUUGUCAACACACCUCGGUCUUUUACCUUCCAAGACCCCAUGGGCGAGAACUCACCCUACGCACGGAGACGGCCUUCGUUGACCGACAGCAACUCCGGCUACUCGGCCCGCAACUCGGCGUAUAGGCAAUCGAACCUCCAAUACGGCCAAACACGCACUUACAACUCUUCGCCAUUGGUUCCCAAGUCGACGGAACCACCACAUACUGAAGCGCAACAGGAUCCUAGUCACGUGGUCGAGGGCACUGAAUCGACAGCAACGGCCUCGACGAAUGCACCCUCGACCGUGUGGGACGAGCUGGACGAUCUCAAGUCGCGAAUUCAUCGAUUGGAACUGACGGGCAAGUUUCCUGCGACCUCUGGCGCCGCGAUGUCUCGAGCCUCAGACGAACGUCCGCCGACCGCAACCAACACCACCAUGUCCACCUCGCCAAAACGAACCUCUGGCGGCAACAGCCAUCCUCACCAUGAUGCUGUCAGCACUACGUCCUCUCAACGCGAGACUCAGCAGCCCAUUCUUCUCUCCGCUGUCAGCAAAUCCAAACCGUUUCUCAGCGACGAAGUCGCCCGGGCACUUGAGGUGGCUGCCACAGAUGCUCUGGCACUCGCCAACAUGAUGGGGACCGCCGGCCAACCCGGACCCAUCUCGAGCGGUGCGAGCACCAUCGGCAUCGGCACGAACCUGACGGAUCGCCAAUUGCGACGCAAGGCCGAUAGCAUCUGCCGAAGCCUGACGGAACUGGUGUUGGCGUUGAGCGAGGAAGCGGCCGGCAACAAGACGGUCCAAGUCAACGUACCUGCCCCUAAAGAAACGACGACUCCCUCUACCCCGACGGUCGUCAAGACGUUUACCGGUGCCGUUGCUCAGCGUCGCCCUAGUAUUACAUCGGAGCAGCAGACCCUCCCGAAACCGAAUAGCAAUGCAGUCACGAGCCCCAGAGCCUUGUCCAAGUAUGAGGAGAGGCGCAACACCAUGCUCAACUCCAGCGCGCUACCCACUCCUAGAUUCGCCCUUCCUCCAGGGACGAUCCCAAGCACGCCAGGAGACGGAAACAAGACGGCCCACAGAAAGUCGUCUUUGUUCAUCGGCCGGUCUCGUCGUGCCGUUACCGAGGAGCCCGAGGAUGGCCGGAGGUCUUCAAUGCUCUUGAGAACCCGGCGAGCAGGCACCGAGGAGCCGGAGGACUCGCGUGAGACUGGCCGCCAAACCUCUCUGCUCCGAUCACGCCGGGGCACCGUUGGCGAAGAAGACGACGAAACGCGGUUCCGCGCCCCCUCGCGAGCCGCUACGGAGCUCACGACACCGGCUCGCGCUGUAUCCCACACAUAUCACUCUCAGACGGCCUCGAACGAGGUGUCUUCGCCGGCUUCUUCUGCCCUCCCGCGCAGACGGUUCGGGGCGUCGUCCCUCGCAUCUCGUCUGGUCGCGCCAUCUACGCCGUCAAUGGCAUCACGGCGGUAUCUCGAGAGAACGCCGGAACGCGAACAAUUCUCGUCGGCCGAGAAACCUACCGAAGAGCGGUCGCAACAAGCUGUAGCGCAGCCGCGACACUUCUCUCUCAGCCACACGUCGCUGCUGAAUCGGGCCAGCAGCAUCAGCCGCAGCAGGCCCAACCGCGACAGCACGAUUACGAAUUCAUCGACGGCUGCCCAGUCGGGCAGUUACCGAUAACGUCUUAACGAAUCACAAUCACACGGAUGAAUGUAUCAUAGAUGUCUUUUCUUACGCCGGCGUCAUUGUUUGUUUGGCGUAUGUUACCACCGCAUGGGUUCGGCAGUGGUUUCCCUGUACUUGUAUGACAAUCGAUGACGGACGGCCGGUUGAUUUGUUGGACUCGCCUUCACUUGGGAAGGCUAGAGCAUCUGUAUAUCGAGCAGUCAAUGAAAAGGUUAAGGAUAGAGGCCCAGGAUGCCUCUUGACAUAUUUUGUCAAAAAGUAUUCUCAGUCCGACCAUGCUGUGAACAGGGCAGGAGAAGCUGGCCGUCUGGCUUCUCUGCCUAGAAGGUUUUGGGCUCAUGAACGUAAGGCGAAGUUGAGAUGUGUUGGGGUCGGACGCAACGAUUGACUUUUUGCUAUGGUAAUCGGCCUCUUUGGCAUCCUAUGAUUGCGAAGCGAUUCGCUAAGAUCCAAGGCUCUGCAAGUUUGAGCCAACUAAGAAGAGGGAGGGGUUCGGGUCCAACCCGUGCGCGCGCUUGUUUGAUUUCUGAGGUU